AUGUCGGGCGAGGCAAGCGCACCACCCGCGACCUCACCCAGGGCCCCGCGUCCCGGGAUCCAGAAAUCAUCGGGUGCAGUGACCAAGAAGGGGGAUCGCGGGGCCAAGGAGAAGCCGGCGACCGUCCUGCCGCCGGUGGGCGAGGAGGAGCCCAAAAACCCUGAGGAGUACCAGUGCACUGGCAUCCUCGAGGUGGAUUUCGCUGAGCUCUGCACGCGGUGGGGCUACACGGACUUCCCCAAAGUGGUCACCCGACCCCGCCCGCAGCCGACCUUCGCCCCUUCGGCCUCUACGUCGGAGAAGCCCACAGUAGAUGACCAGCGGCUGUCGGGGUCCUGCAGCCUCAACAGCCUGGAGAGCAAAUACGUGUUCUUCCGGCCCACUAUCCAGGUGGAGCUGGAGCCGGAGGACAAGUCCGUGAAGGAAAUCUACAUUCGCGGUUGGAAGGUUGAGGAGCGGAUCCUGGGUAUCUUCUCGAAGUGUCUGCCCUCCCUCAGCCAGCUGCAGGCCAUCAACUUGUGGAAGGUGGGGCUGACUGAUAAGACCCUGACUACCUUCAUCGCCCUCUUACCUCUCUGCUCAUCCACGCUCAGGAAGGUGUCUCUGGAGGGGAACCCACUGCCGGAGCAGUCCUACCACAAGCUCAUGGCAGCAGACAGCACGAUCGCGCAUUUGUCUCUGCGGAACAACAACAUCGACGACCGCGGGGCGCAGCUCCUGGGUCAGGCUCUGUCUACGCUGCACAGCUGCAACCGGACCCUGGUCUCGCUCAACCUGGGCUUCAACCACAUCGGGGACGAGGGCGCGGGCUACAUCGCAGAUGGCCUCCGGCUCAAUCGCUCCCUGCUCUGGCUGUCCCUGGCCCACAACCGCAUCCAGGACAAGGGCGCCCUGAAGCUGGCUGAGGUCCUGCGCCCCUUCGAGCUGACACAUACCGAGGUGGUGGAGCGCCGGCGCCUCCUGCUGGAGAAAGGUUCGCAGGAGCGCUCGCGAUCGCCUUCCACAUCUCGGCACGGGGACUCCAAAACAGAGCGUGACAAGAAUCAGCUGAUGGGGGUCAGCAGUUUUGCAUUGGUGGAGAAGGACAAGACGCAGACAGUGAAGACACCCAAGGGUCUGGGCAAGAAAAAGGAGAAGUCGGGGGAAGUGGUGAAGAAAGAGGAGAAGUCAGGGCCUGGGCAGUCACCUACACAAGGAACCCCUAAGAAAGAAGACUCCGCAAAGGCAGGCAAGGGGAAAGUAACCAUCCCUGAGCAGAAACUAAGCAAGGGAAAGGGGGCCAAGACUGGGAGCAAAGAGAAGCGCAGCAUCCUCAUGGAGUCUGAGCACUCGGGACAAAGCCUGGACUAUAACCGGCCCUCAAAACAUCAGCUGGUUGGGGAAGGUGCUGAGAUGGUCAACCCGCUCCUGGAGCCUGUGGAGCACCGCGAUGGCAAAGUUUUCAUGCCUGGGAACAAGAUCCUCUUGCACCUCAAUCUUCUCCGAAACCGCAUCACAGAGGUGGGGCUGGAGGCCUUCCUCACCGUGGUGCAGUACCAAGCGCAAUUCGCCAAAUCCAAGAGCGCGUCCAAGGGCCCCGUGGGGCUGCUGUGGCUGUCCCUGGCGAAAAACUGCUUCUCCCCACAAUGUCCUACGUACACUAUGAUCCAGGAGUUGAUGCUGCCAAGGGACCCCAUCAGUAAAUGCAAGCACAAAGAGGAGGAGCCCGUGGCUUCUUCCACCUAG